AUGGAACGAGAGCUGGCUGAAUCCAAAGCCAGAGAGGCUGAAAGAGCAAAAGAGCUGAAAGAGAAGGAGACAGAAUUGGUAACAGUCCGCAGGGAGAAGGUGGUGCUCACCAAAGAAUUGGAAGAUGCCAAGAGACGUGAGCAACAACUUACCGAAUUGUUGGCCGAAGAAGGCCGACGAGAUCAAGCAGGAAGCGGGAAGGCCAUCUUUGGAAGUGGGCGCUAUGGAUCGGCAUCUGGACGCUUUGAUUGCUCAGGAAAGGAUGGGUCGAGCGCCUCCAAUCCCAGCAGCUUCGUCGUGUCUCGGCGGACGGUGCCGAGGGGAGGUGGACGAGCUUCAUUGACAACUAUGAAGGACGUAUGUGGCCACAUGCGCGAGUGCAGCUGCGGCAAGACCGAAACCACGUCGAUUGGCAGAGCCUGGUUACCUGAACGAAGAUUCAGUCGGAUUGAUGCCGAGCUUAGCUGGGUAGCCGACAAGGUGUUGAGCUUGGACGACUGGCUGGUAGGUGCCGCCACCCCCGCCACCGAGCAACGGCAGUUUGCCAUCGAUACCCAAAACUCCACCGCCACCGUCAUUGAGGAGGUCUACACAACAUUGAGGGAUAGUGGCUUUGAUGCGCGCCAGGUAACCACAUUGGAAUUCAAUAGCUUCUUGGAGCGUCAAUUGUGGCCGUCCUUCGAUACAAGUGCGAGCCCAGCGCACCUCCUCACAAUUGCUCUUCUGAUCAAUGAGAAGGUGCGCGAUGGGAGCGUGUCGGCAUGGGAUUCCAUCGCUUUGCGCAAAGAGAAGUUUUCCGGUUAUUUCGAAUGCAUGCUGGAACUCUGGACAUCGGGGAAGCUGACACUUCGAGAGAAGUCUCAUGUGCUCCAAUUCUUGAUCAACUGCUUCCAAAGUUUGGAGCAAGAGUUCGUUCGUGAUUGCUGCCUCAGGCUGACUGGUUUGCAGUCCUGGUUCCAUCUCAAUGACCUGCAUAGAGAGAAGCUCCUUUCCAUCAACAAGAAGCUCCCUGCUUUUUGGAAGAAGGUCCAGAAGAAGUAUGCUGAUCCAAAAACGUCUCAAGCAAAGCAUGAACGGAACUUCAUGGCCGAGCUGCUCGACGAGUUCUUGGCUUCGCUGGAAGCCUUUGGAGAUCGACAGCUCAGCGUGGAGGAGCUUUCGUACUUGGAGCGAUGCAUUGAGCUCAUGGUCGACUUGCUAGACCAAUUGCCAACUCGACGUUUCUUCCGGCCUCUUCUUGUGGACAAACACAUUGUUGUACGGUGCAAACGCUCGAAAGUGGCGCAGCUUCCGGAGGCCAGGCUUCUCAAUCAGCUCUUGGGGAUCCUCAGAUACUACGAGAACUUCGAGAUAGAUGACACGACUGGCAAACCUUUGACUAGACGCGAAGUCACUGAUCUUCACUAUGACCGCUUGCAGCUCUUGCAAAGAGUAUGCUUCCAGGAAUUUCCUGAGAAUCCAAGCCUCAAGCAGAUCAUGCUGAUCAACGUUGCAAACCUUGAUACAAGGGAAGCACUGCUGGAGAACUUCACCGUGCUGCCAUUGGAGGUCCUCAAAGUGCUUUGCGCGAAGGUUUGCUAUUUGGAUGUCAGCAAAGAUUCCACACUUGUUGCGAUGGAACAGAAGGUUCUUGAGGCAAUAGCGGCGCAGGAACGAUUGGAAGCUGAGAAAGAGGAGCCAAAGGAACCCAAAAAGAAGAAGCGAAAGAAGAAAGUGAAGACAGAGGAAGAGAAGAGACUGUGCGAACUUUUAGUCGAGAUCUUGGUGAAUAGGUUGGAACGUCCUGUGAUGCAGCAAGAUGAUGUUAUGAAGAUGCCGCUCUACCCCACAGAGGAUCUCAUUUGGGAUCCCAACUUGGUUCCAGAGGAACACUACUCAGGUGACUAUUCUUUGGCGUUGCCCAAGUUGAACCUCCAGAAGGAGAACAACUUCAAAGCUAUUCUCCACACCAUCAGGAGCCUCAUGAACAAUGAAGACACGGUUGUUCCUGACUGGCUGCAUGAUUUGUUCCUGGGUUAUGGUGACCCUGGAGCUGCACAGUACUGGAAAUUGCCGACUGCGCUGAACGAAAUUGACUUCAGAGACUUGUCAAAUUUGAGGGUAGUGACGAAAGAAUCAUUUCCAGAUGCCGAUGACGUUGAUGUGCCAGAGAAUUUGCAGCGGCCCUUCCGCUUGAGCUUCGAAAAGGUCACAGAGAAGACCGAACCUGGAAAGCCUCGAGAGAAUUCCAUCCGGUUUACUCCUGUCCAAGUCGAAGCCAUCCGGUCUGGUGUGAAUCCUGGUCUCACAAUGGUGGUGGGUCCUCCCGGCACUGGGAAGACUGACACGGCGGUGCAGGUGGUAAAUUUGCUCUUCCACAAUUUUCCGGAUCAGAAGAUAGUCUUGGUGGCCCACUCCAACCAAGCCUUGAAUGAUCUCUUCGAGAAGAUUGUGGCCCUGGAUAUCCCAGAAAGAUAUCUUCUGAGAUUGGGUCGUGGCAUUGAGGAGUUGGAUGCCAAGCAGGAUUUUAGCAAGUGGGGGCGUGUCAACCACAUGUUGCAAGGGCCUCAGUCGCACAAAGGUGCAGACCAGGGCCCUAUGCCUAUGGAGGUGGAUCGUCUUCAGCAGAAGGGAAAAGACAAGGGCAAGUCAAAAGGGAAAGAACAGAAGGGCAAGAGCAAGGGCAAAUCAGAGAAGGGCAAAGACAAGGGCAAAGGGAAGUCAGAGGGCGGAGGCAAGAGUGGAAAAGGAAAAGGGGGCAAAGAGAAGGGAAGAAAAGGAAAGAACACUACAGAGGAGAUUCUCGCCUUCGUGAAGUCCUAUGCGGGAAAGAGAGAAGAAGCCAGAGAGCUGGUGGAGGAUGAGCCCAAUCAAGAUGGUGGACGAGAAGGUGGAGGAGAAGCGGCUGGAGAGGCUUGGAGUGCUCGCCCCAAUGGAGAAGAGGCUGGAGGGAUACAAGAGUUUCACCACGAGAUUCGUGCGGGAUUGGAGAGCCAAGCCGAGAACCAAGGACCCAGGAGCACCGAAACAGUGUCUGCGGAGAUCAAGGCUGGUGGACAAGCCCUACGGCUGCUACCGUCCAUCUACCUCAUGAAGAAGGCAGAGGAGGAGCAUGGUGGACUUGAAUACACCUUAGGUCUUGAGGAAAAGGUGGAGAAGAGCAAUGGCAUCAUGAUGAUGGUUGUGGUGGUUAUGGCAUUGAUGAUAGCACCACUGGCGUGGGCGGUGUACAAGCUUUGGGGCAUUGUCGAGGAGUUGAAGACCAAGAUUGCCGACGCCAAGGACAGUGCCUAUGUCAACGGGGUGUCCACCAGGGCCUAUGUACAAGGCAUGCGAGAAGAGAUGAAGGAAAUGAAGAGUUACAGCCAGAAGAUCCAUAGAGGUCUGAUCAAAGCCUCAGGAUACAUCAACAAAGAAGAGGUGAGUGAAGAGGAUUGGCAGCACUGGAACUACAUCCAGCGCUCCAACGAGGGCUUCGACUUGCGGCGAAUCCACGCCCAGAUCAAGGCCUAUAAGCAGGAGAAUGAGCGAGACGAUGGGCCAAUUGACUUGCGGCCCUAUCGCAACACGGAGGAUGAAGAGAUGCAGGAGGAAAGUGAAGAGGAAACCGUAACAGUGCGGCUCGACGGCGGAGAGGUAGUGCAGAUCCCUCUACGUUUUGUAGAGCCACGUGAGCCGGAGAGUGAAGAUGAAGCAGCAGCACCACAGAUGGAAGUGAGCGAGGCACCCCAGGAAGUUGAGUGGGCGGACGAAGAUCUGCCCACUCCGGAGGUCAGAGACCCCACCAUCAAUCAGGCAACAAGUGCCUGGCUUACGCAGGAAGAUCUUGUAGAGUUGAAGGGUUAUGAUUCGGCAUGCGCCCGAUCGGGAUUACGUGCAAAACAGCACAUGCUCAACCUACAGAAGGAAUGGCAGAAGGAUGUGGCAUAUACCUGUGAGAAUGCACAGCACUUUUUCCUGCACCACGUUCAAUACCGCUGGGAAGACUUUCAUCGAAAGCUGAGUAUCGCCGGCAAGAACGGGGUAAACAUCCACAAGGUUUUGUCGAAGCCAGCAACCAAAAAGCGCCGACUGGAAGAGGACGCUGAGGCAGAAGGAUCGUCGAGGCAAGUCCUGCCAUUCGACCACUUGCAGCGGCACAUCGAAAGUCGCAAUGCCGUGGCCUUGUUGUUGAAAGGAGAGACCACAGUGAUUUCCCUGUUGUUCCCCUUCAGCAAGUUCUUUGCAGAUGCUCCACAGCCAUUGUUUCCUGGAGACUCCUAUGAAUCAGACCUGGAGAUCGCAGAAGGAUGCUUUAGGUAUUUCGAAAACAUGUUCAGUGAGAUUGAGGAGUGCCGUGCUUUUGAGCUCUUGCGAAAUAGUCACGAUCGUGGUGACUACCUCAUCACGACGCACGCACGAAUCAUUGCCAUGACCUGUACCCACGCGGCUCUCACAAGAUCUACAUUGGUGAACCUGGCCUUUAAAUACGACAAUCUGUUGAUGGAGGAGUCAGCUCAGAUUUUGGAGGUUGAGACGUUCAUUCCGAUGUUGUUGCAGAAUGCGGAGAACGGAGUCAGCAGGUUGAAGAGAGUGAUGUUGAUUGGUGACCACCAUCAGCUGCCACCUGUGGUGAAGAACCCCGCCUUCCAGAAGUAUGGUCAUUUGGACCAGUCUCUAUAUGCUCGCUUUGUUCGACUGAAGACGCCCACUGUGGACCUGAAUCUUCAAGGAAGAGCCAGGCCGAGCAUUGCUGAAUUGUACAGCUGGCGAUAUCGUGAUUUGGGUAACCUGCCCAAUGUCCUCACAGACGAGAGGUACAGAUAUGCAAAUGCUGGACUGACAUAUCCGUAUCAAUUCGUGAACGUAGAGGACUUUGAGGGUCGCGGUGAAUCACAGCCAACGCCAUACUUCUACCAAAAUUUGGGGGAGGCAGAAUAUUGCGUGGCACUCUUUAUGUAUAUGCGUUUGAUGGGGAUCCCUGCGGAGAGGAUUUCUAUUUUAUCGACCUACAACGGACAGAAGGCCCUGCUGCGAGAUGUGGUGAGGACAAGGUGUUCAUGGAAUCCACUUUUUGGCGAGCCAGCAAAGAUUACCACUGUCGACAAGUACCAAGGGCAGCAGAAUGAUUUCAUCAUCGUUUCCCUUGUUCGAACACAGCAUGUGGGCCAUCUUCGAGAUGUUCGACGCUUGGUCGUCACCAUGAGCCGUGCACGCUUUGGGCUCUAUGUCUUUGGCAGGAAACUUGUCAGCAUAAACUCGGAGUUUUGCCGAAUGUUGCAGCCUUCAAACCUCACAAAAUGA